CGACCAGCAAAAGCUCAAUGACACACGGGCCUCCGUCGCCUCCACCAACCCCCGCCUUCUUCAAAAUUUUUAUUCGCCGAAACCCCUUGCCACCUCGCCGCCUCCGCCCAACAAACAAGCGCGACGACCUCUACCUCGCCGCCGCCGCCGCCGUCACCGCCGCCAUAUAAGUGGACCCUCGUCUCGUCCUCCUCCCAGACUCUCCACCCUCCGCCUCCGAACACAUGGCCCACCCGCGGCUCGUGCUCCCCUCCCCGAAGCCCCUUCUCCCCGCCGCCGCUACCGCCACUCCAUCGCGCCGCGCCGUCGCCGUCCGCGCGGCGCUCUCCACCGCUUCGCCGCCCGCCAAGGCGGCGGCGGGAGCGGAGGCGGUGCGGUCGAUCCGCGCGCGGCAGAUCGUGGACAGCCGCGGGAACCCCACCGUCGAGGUCGACCUCGUCGCCGGGGACGGACGCCUCCACCGCUCCGCGGUGCCCAGCGGGGCGUCCACGGGGAUCUACGAGGCGCUCGAGCUCCGCGACGGCGACAAGGCCGUGUACGGCGGGAAGGGCGUGCUCCAAGCCGUGCGUAACAUCAACGAGGUCAUCGCGCCCAAGCUCGUGGGCGUCGAUGUGAGGAACCAGAGCGAUGUUGAUGCAAUCAUGCUAGACAUCGAUGGAACUGAGAAUAAAUCGAAGUUGGGUGCCAAUGCUAUUCUUGGAGUCUCCUUGAGUGUAUGUAGGGCUGGCGCUGGUGCAAAGGGAGUUCCUUUGUAUAAACAUAUUCAGGAGCUAGCGGGAAUUAAGGAGCUUGUCAUGCCUGUCCCUGCUUUCAAUGUAAUAAAUGGAGGUAGCCAUGCUGGCAACAAUCUUGCCAUGCAGGAAUUCAUGCUUUUACCUGUUGGAGCAGCUACUUUUGCUGAAGCUCUUCGUAUGGGCAGUGAAGUUUACCAUGUCCUGAAGGGCAUCAUUAAGUCAAAAUAUGGUCAAGAUGCAUGCAAUGUUGGAGAUGAAGGAGGUUUUGCUCCUAAUGUUCAAGACAACAGAGAGGGUCUUGUCUUGCUUAUGGAUGCCAUUGAGAAGGCAGGCUACACUGGAAAGAUCAAAAUUGGAAUGGAUGUUGCGGCAUCAGAGUUUCUUACAAAGGAUGGGAGCUACGAUCUAAACUUUAAGAAUCAACCUAACGAUGGAGCCCAUGUUCUUUCAGCCCAGCGUCUGGGUGAUCUGUACAGAGAUUUUGUCAAGGAUUUCCCUAUUGUAUCAAUUGAGGACCCUUUUGAUCAGGAUGACUGGAGUUCAUGGGCAUCAUUGCAAUCCUCAGUCGAUAUCCAAAUUGUGGGUGAUGAUUUACUUGUCACAAACCCAAAACGUAUAUCAGAGGCUAUUGGCAAGAAGGCUUGCAAUGCUUUGUUGCUAAAGGUUAACCAGAUUGGUACUGUCACUGAAUCAAUUCAAGCUGCUCUCGAUUCGAAAGCUGCUGGUUGGGGUGUGAUGGUCAGCCACAGAAGUGGUGAAACCGAAGACAACUUCAUUGCAGAUUUGGCUGUUGGCUUAGCAAGUGGGCAGAUUAAAACCGGGGCUCCAUGCCGCAGCGAGAGGCUGGCCAAAUAUAAUCAGCUUCUGCGGAUUGAAGAGGAGCUUGGCAACGUGCGCUAUGCAGGGGAGGCGUUCAGGUCUCCAUAAGAACUAUACAGACUUCAGAAUCUGAGUAAAGCGUAAAUUAUGUGUACUAUCCAGUAGAAAUAAAAGAACUAGAUCAUGGCCAGUCAUGCUUUCAUCCUUGUUACGACGAGUUAUCCCAAUUUUUUGCGGAUUUUUUUUCUUGACGCAUCUUAUUAUCUGCGAGCAUUUGCUGAUUUAGUCAUCAUCCAGGAAGAGGCUUCUUGUGCACCGCGCGAGUGUGAGAAAGUGACAGCUUUAUAUGGACAUGGCCAUUAACAAUCAUGCUUGUAAUCGUGCGUUAUAGUCAUACAAUAAGGCCUUGUUUACUUCUA